CCGCCUUGGCCUUAAAACCCCGCCUGCGGCAGGGAGCUGGCAGAGUCUCCAAGUGGCACCCGAAGAGUGUGCAUCGCACAGUGUGAACCUGCGCCAGCCUGAAGGUGGGUCGGGAGGGUCUGUGCAAGCUGGGUCAGACGGGCGGUGGCCAGACGUGACUGCAGGGUGUCAGGAGCAGCAGCCACCAGGCAUCUGACAGGCAACGGGCCCCUGAGGGGACGCUAGCUACUCAACUAAGCAGGACCGUGAGGCUGCUUUGUUUGUCGAGGGUCCGAGACACACCUGUGAGGGGCACGGAGCAAGGAGGUGCCUCACAGGAGGCCCACAGAUGUGAGGACUGUCCUGGCCUGAGAACGCCAACUUCCCCUCUCCUGGGCACCAAGACCCCACCCAGCAUCGUCUAACCCACCCCUCCAGUCUACCAGGCCGCCUAGGGUUGAGAAGACCUCACUGAGGGGACAGAUGGCUUCACCUGGCCUUGAACUACUGGGCAUGACCCUGGCUGUGCUGGGCUGGCUGGGAACUCUGGUGUCCUGCGCCCUGCCCCUGUGGAAGGUCACUGCCUUCAUUGGCAACAGCAUCGUGGUGGCCCAGGUGGUGUGGGAGGGGCUCUGGAUGUCCUGCGUGGUGCAGAGCACGGGCCAGAUGCAGUGCAAGGUGUACGACUCGCUGCUGGCGCUGCCCCAGGACCUGCAGGCGGCCCGCGCCCUCUGCGUCAUCGCCCUCCUGCUGGCCCUGCUGGGCCUGCUGGUGGCCAUCACGGGCGCCCAGUGCACCACCUGCGUGGAGGACGAAAGUGCCAAGGCCCGCAUUGUGCUCACCGCGGGGGUCAUGCUCCUUCUCUCCGGCAUCCUGGUGCUCAUCCCCGUCUGCUGGACGGCCCACGCCAUCAUCCAGGACUUCUACAACCCCCUGGUGGCCGAGGCCCUCAAGCGGGAGCUGGGGGCCUCCCUCUACGUGGGCUGGGCGGCGGCUGCCCUACUCAUGCUGGGCGGGGGCCUCCUCUGCUGCACAUGCCCCCCACCUCAGAUCGACCGGCCCCGCGGACCGAGGCUGGGCUACUCCAUCCCCUCCCGCUCGGGCGCGUCUGGGCUGGACAAGAGGGACUACGUGUGAGGUGGAGGGUGACCCCGGAGGCCUUGUGCUGAUGCCCUGCUUAACCCCUGCCUUCUGUCGACCCCUCCCCAGGUGAAACCCACGUUCCAGAAGCUCCAGUCAGGCCUG